UCAGAUGAAAAAGUUUAUUAUCAAUCGCCAAUUUCAGAUGGAUUUUAGGUAUUUUUUCAACAACAAAAUUCUGGACAGUUGGGAGAGCGACAAUAAAUCGACUUUGGAUGGAAUUGGAGAAAAAUUAAAAUAUGUUAAAUUUGAAAAUUAUAAAAAAGACACUUGCACCAUAUGUGGAUAUAUUUGUAAAAACUUUUCAAGUUUGUUUCAAAUGCUCUGGAAGUUUAAGGAUCAGAAAUUAGAGAGAAACAAGGAAAUAGAAGAAUACACAAGAAAAAUGAGAAAAUACUAUGAUGAGAAGACAUUUUCAAAAUUGAAAAACUACAAGUAUUUGUAUGACACAAUUAUUUACGAAGCGAGAAUGCAGCGCCAAUUAGACAUAAGAAUUGAGGGUAAAGAUUGCAACUAUUAUUGGAAUUUUUCUGACGCAAAGAAGUUGAAAAAUGGAAUAUAUAAAACACAAACUAACACAAUAGGCUCGACUUCUAUGCCCAAAACUACUAAUAGUAGCAAUUCACAAGUGCCAAUCUUGAAUUUUCAACGGGAAGGUGCAGCUCGAAUCCAAAUACACAAGAAAAAUUUUGAAAAACAAAAGAGUCAAACAUUGCCGACUUCGAGCAAAAUAGAUAGCAAAACAAGUCCGCCGAUAGAAGUUCGAAGAGGUUCCAGAGACUCGUUAGAUGAACAAUUUCUCAAAACCUUAAAAUCCCAAGAAGCUAGAUUUGAAAAAGAGUUACGGGAAAAACGAGAAGAACGUGAGGCAAGAAAAAUUAAAGCCUAUCAGGAAUUGAUAAGACUUCGAAAGGAGUCGAGAGCCAGACUUCAGGCUUUCAUGGCAUGUCUUGAACUAAAAAUCCGAUGGGAGCAACAAGAGCAAGACUGGAGUGAUUGGUUGAAGGAUACACGGGCUCCAUUGAUAAGAAUCAAGACUAAGUUUACUAUGUUUUCCAGCAAAUGGAGGCGAACAGAUGAGGAUGAAAAUAAGGAAGAAGCUUUAUACAUCCAAAACCUUGCACAAGAAGCCUAUUAUACAUUGGUUUUUGAUUUUGAAAUGCUCCAAGAGCUAGCCUAUAAGUACUUGGACAAGCUUUUCCUAAAAGUUUUGCAGAAGCAAAUUAGCCAAGUGGCAACAAAGCUUUGCAAUUUUAUUGAAGAACUCGGACAUUAUGAGAACGAUAAAGAAUCCUUUGCUAGAAUCCAGAAUCUGGAAUCUCACAUAGAUCCCUUAGAGAUUCCGUCAACUACGAAGCUUCGUCUUAUGUGUGAAACUGAGAAAAUUGAAGAUUAUUCAGUUGUGGCUCCACCUAAAGUAUUGAAAUCCAGCCCUAUCAUAACUGAAGAGGAUUGAAAAUGCUUGUGAAUUGUACAUCGUAAUAAAAAAUAUUAAUAAUCUUGAAUUGUAUAAUAAAAAUUCAAAAC